GGAAGACAGUCUGCUGCUGCCUUUAAAAACACACAAGCUGUGCACACACACAGCAGAAAGAUGGCAGUUUUACUUGGUGGUUACUCGACGCCCUUGCUUGGAAUCAGCAUCUUCAUAGCAGCUCUGACUUACAUCACCUACAAGCUGCUCAGCAGUUACCUGCACAAAUGGUUUAUGUUGAGGCCUGUCCCACAGGCAGAAGGGACGUAUCCCUUUAUUGGAAAUGCACUGCAGUUCAAAACCAAUGCAGGAGAUUUCUUUCAUCAGAUUGAGGAUUUUACGCGUGAGUUCCGAGAUGCACCGCUGUUUACACUCUGGGUUGGACCUGUCCCAUUUGUGGUUCUGUUUCAUGCUGAAACUGUUGAGACAAUUGUGACCAAUGCUGUUCACAUGGAGAAAAGCAUGUCAUACAAUUUCCUCCACCCUUGGCUUGGAACUGGCCUUCUUACUAGCACUGGGAGUAAAUGGCGUCAGCGGCGGAAGAUGCUGACUCCCACCUUCCACUUCUCCAUCCUGACAGACUUCUUGGAAGUGAUGAACGAGCAGUCAGAGAUACUGGUGGAGAAGCUGGAGAAGCAGGUGGGGAAGGGUCCGUUCGACUGCUUCAGUUAUAUAACGCUGUGUGCCCUGGACAUCAUCUGUGAAACUGCAAUGGGAAAGAAAAUUUAUGCCCAGAGUAAUUCUGACUCAGAGUAUGUGAAGUGCGUGUACAAAAUGAGUGACAUUAUCAGCCACAGACAGAGGACACCUUGGUUUUGGCCUGACUUCGUGUACUACUUUUUUGGUACGGGCCGAGAACAUGACAAGACACUCAAGAUCCUGCACUCCUUUACAUACAAAGUGAUACAUGAAAGGGCGGAGAACAUUUCCAAUACUGAAUCAGACAGCGACUCUGAUGCGGGCCCAAAGAAAAGACGAGCAUUUCUGGACAUGCUCUUGAAGACCACAGAUGAAGACGGCAAUGGGAUGAGUCAUCAGGACAUUCAGGAGGAAGUGGACACCUUCAUGUUUAGGGGACAUGAUACUACAGCAGCCUCUAUGAACUGGGCCAUACAUCUGCUGGGCUCCCACCCUGAGGUGCACCUCAAAGUUCAACAAGAGCUUCAGGAGGUGUUUGGUGAAUCUGACCGGCCUGUUAACACAGAUGACCUGAAGAAGCUCAAAUACCUUGAGUGCGUGAUCAAGGAGUCCCUGCGACUGUAUCCCUCUGUGCCUUUCUUUGCCCGCAACAUCGGUGAAGACUGCCAUAUCAAUGGUUUCAAGGUGCCCAAAGAUGCCACUGCCGUCAUCAUUACCUACGCUCUCCACCGUGACACACGAUACUUCCCUGACCCUGAGGAGUUCAGGCCUGAACGCUUCCUGCCUGAGAAUUCAGUGGGAAGGCCUCCAUAUGCCUACCUCCCCUUCUCCGCCGGACUCCGCAACUGUAUCGGUCAACGCUUUGCACUCAUGGAAGAAAAGGUGGUCUUAGCAUCCAUUCUGCGCAAGUUUAACAUUGAAGCUUGUCAGAAACGUGAAGAGCUGCGGCCAGUGGGAGAGCUGAUCCUGCGGCCAGAGAAGGGCAUCUGGAUCAAACUGGAAAAAAGGAAACCCCAGACUUUAUCAAACUAGCACCUGGUCCAGUUCAUCAAAGUUAAAUUCACAUUCCUUUGUGGUCUUUAUUUACUGCUUAUCCUUCCAAAUUCCAAUGGUGGUGGACACUGUAAUGGUUUUAAAUACUGUGUGAGAGGUCUGGGAGAGUAGUGACCUUGGUGUUAAGGUUCAAGAAUGAUCUCAUCCUUAUAGUCAUCAUAAUUACAAAAAACUAAGACUUAUAAAAAUACAUGUUUUUGGGGGGGGAGAAUAGCUGCAUGAUGAUGUAAUAGACUCUCUAUAUCAACAACUCUGCACCAUUAUUGUGACCCAAGAACAUUUAACAUGAAAAAUAACUGUAUAAAUGUGAUCUCAUUUGACAUAUUAAAAUGCUAUAAAAAUCUAAGCUAUGAUAGUAUGUGGGAAUUACAUGAAAAGCUUUAUAAAACAGAAUACACACAACACGUUAUUAAUUAUUAACUGGGUGAAAUUGAGAUGAAUGGUGCUACUGCACUGGAAUCAGUCACUGCAAUCUACUUUCUAGGUCGCAUGCUUUUCAAGACAACACACUUUUUAAGAGAACAUAACACUUUGCAGGGACACAUUCCCACACAAAACUAUUUUAUGACCCUUUUAGUGAGAUUGUUGUUGUCUCUUAAUAGUCACUUCUAAUUCCAGAGGAAAUAAAAUCAUACUUAAAAUGCUAAA